UAUUUGAUACCUCUAUAAUAAUCAUAAUAGAUUACUAGUUUAAUGAUGACUAUAAAUUUUACACAAUGACAAAUCAAAAAUCUCAUUGAAUAACAUUACCAACCAACCCACUCACCAAAUUUCAUCAUUCAACCAUUAAAUUUCUCUUCUUCCUUCCAACUUUUUCUCUUCAUCAAUGGCGGACAAUCAAAAAACCCAUAUCUUAAUAAUCCCAUAUCCAGCACAAGGCCAUAUAAUCCCCCUUUUAGAUCUUAUUCACAAUCUUGCUUCUACCUCUAAACUUACAAUCACCAUUGUCAUAACUCCCAAAAACCUUCCUCUCAUAUCCCCUCUUGUUUCACUCUUUCCUUUUAUAGUAACCCCUCUUGUUCUUCCUUUUCCAUCAUACCAUGGAAUCCCUCAAGGAAAGGAGAAUACAAAAGAUCUUCCUCCUGCAAGUUUUAAGCAAAUAAUGCCUGCUUUUGCUAAACUUAUGGAUCCGUUACGUCACUGGUUCGAAUCUCACCCCUCUCCUCCUGUAGCAAUUAUUUCUGAUAUUUUUCUUGGUUGGACCCACAAUUUUUCCCUUCAAUUGGGGAUUCAUAGAAUUGUUUUUUCUCCUUCUGGGGCUUUUGGGUUGUCUGUGAUUUAUUCUCUAUGGAAAAAUAUGCCCAAGAAAAAAAAUCAAGAUCAAGAUCAAGAUCAAAAUGACGUCGUUUUGUUUGAGGAUGUACCUGGGUGUCCUAAGUUUCCUUGGUGGCAAUUAUCCCCUGUUUUUAGGUCAUAUGUUGAAGGGGAUGCUGACUCGGAUUUUAUUAAACAAGGUUUUUGGGAUGACAUGGCAAGUUGGGGGUUGUUGAUUAACUCGUUUGAUGACAUGGAAAAGAUUUAUUUGGAUCAUUUGAGUAGUAGUUUUGGGUAUGAUGGUCGAAUUUGGGCUGUGGGCCCGUUGGUUUCUCAAACUAAGGUUGAAAAUCGAGGUGGGUCCAGCUCGAUCGAGGUGGACAAGCUUUUGAGUUGGCUUGACACAUGUCAAAAUAACGAGGUUGUCUAUGUGUCAUUUGGGACACAAGCUGUACUAACAAAUCGUGAAAUGGAGGUGAUUGCGGAAGGAUUAGAAAAGAGUAGGGUUCGAUUCAUAUGGUCCGUUAAGGGCCAGGUUGGAGAUCAUGGGAUGGUCCCACAUGGAUUUGAAGAUCAUUUGUCGGGUUGCGGUUUGGUUAUCAAGGGUUGGGCUCCACAAGUUUUGAUACUAAAGCAUCGAGCUGUUGGUGCGUUUUUAACUCAUUGUGGAUGGAAUUCAGUUUUAGAAGGGGUAGUAACUGGUGUAAAGUUGCUCGCUUGGCCAAUGGGCGCAGAUCAAUUCUCGAAUGCAACAUUGAUUGUGGACCAUUUAAAAGUGGGGACAAGGGUGUGUGAAGGAUCUGACAUGGUUCCUAAUUCAUGUGAGUUGGCUCGAAUUUUAGCUGAAUCUGUAAAUCAACAUGAAAUUAGUAGGAAAAAGAUCAUGAAAUUACAAAGUAAGGCAUUGGAGAGUUUGAGUGAUAACGGGAGUUCUUCCAAGGCCUUGGUUAGUUUGGUUAACAAAUUAUGUGAGUUAAAGAUAGAGCCUAAAAUUGAAAGCAUUUCCAAAGGUAACAAUAAUUUGGAAUGAGAGGUUAAUUUAAUAGCUUGAAAUUAAGGUAUGUGAUUUCUACACAUUGUGAGGGUGAGGAGGAAUCAUUUAUCAAUGAAAUAAAUAUUCUAUUCCUAUAAAUUUUAAUCUAUAUGAUUGUUUUUAUUAGGAAAUAAUAAACUUUGUUCCAAAAUAAAAAUGUAGUUUGACGGAAUAUGAAUUGUUUUAACUUUGUUAUUUAUAGAAAAUUAAGUUUUUGCUUCA